GAUGGCGAAGCCGAAGGGCAGGAGACAGCCAACUGGUGGUGCAGUUGGAAGCCCGUCCAAGUCGGACAAGAGAGUCAAGACUGCAGCAGCGAGGGGUGCGUCGGCCCAGGACAAACAUCAAGCUGAGCUCGAGCAGCAGCGUGCAGCGCUCGCGGCGGACAGGGCAGAGAUGGUGCAGAGGCAGCAAGCGCUCAGAGCGAAGGAGGCUGUGGUUGACAAGAAGGAGCAAGAAAUGGCGCGCGCCGCUGCACAGCGGGAAAACCGUGAGCAGCAGGAGGUUGAGCGCGUCCAAGCAGCAGCUGCUGCCUCGGCGGAGAAGGUUGCUCAGAGCCUGGACUACAUCGACACUUCUGUGCAAGAGGUGAAGCCGAAGAAGGGCGAGGUCUGGGCUCAGCCGCAGUCAAGGAUGAUCCUCAUGCUACUCUUCAACCUCCGCAAGGAAGGCCGCUCUGAGAACAAGGCGGUGUUGAAGAGCAGGCCGAUGUCAUUUUAA